AUGGAUUCCCCGCAGUCAGUUGUGUCACCAUUCAAGAGUUCUUCAAUUUUCUCUGAGCCUGAGAAGCAGAACACCAAUCUUUUCGCAGAGAACCCUAGCUACUUAUCAAGGGGAAUUGCUCGUCAAAGAAAGGAAACCGCAAUUCGUAAUAUAGAAGACUUCUUUGGUGUUUUGGAGGUUCGUAUAAAUCAGGCUAGGGAUAUUCAUAACAUCUGCAUCUACCAAAAGCAAGAUGUUUAUGCUAAGUUUAGUCUUACCGCUGAUCCUGAAAAUACAGUCUCCACUAAGAUCAUUAAUGGUGGUGGCAGAAAUCCCAUCUUUAAUGAGAAUCUCCGACUUGAUGUUCGUAAAGUCGAUUCCUCCCUCAAAUGUGAGAUAUGGAUGCUGAGCAGGGUGAGAAAUUAUCUCGAAGAUCAACUUUUGGGAUUUGCUUUGGUUCCUCUGUCUGAAAUCUUCCUUAACAAUGGGAAGUUAGAGAAGGAGUUUUCACUCUCCUCAACUGACCUCUUCCAUUCCCCAGCGGGUUUUGUUCAGUUAGCUCUCUCCUAUGUUGGAGCUUCACCGGAAGUGAUUCCAAAUCCUGCAUCGUCCGCAUCUGUGGCUGCAGAUGCAGCUGUAGAGGACACAGAAUCACAGGAAUCGCGUCCGAGUGACUUUGACAAGAUUGAGUUCCCAGAUCCGAAGGUAGUGAAUGAGAAUCAUCAGAUGGUUUCCGAGUAUUUUGAGAUCCGAAAUACGAAUCUGGACGACACCCAUAGUUCAGACAACCUGGACACCUCUGGGACUGAAAAUCACGUAAGCUCAGAUGUAGGCGUUCAACUUGAAGAAAGCUUCUCAACAGGCACCAUCAGUUUGACACCAUUUUCAAAGCACGAUUCUCCUCGAGGCAGUGUAUCAAAGAAUGAAACUCCAUCUGCUUCACUUCAGUCUUCUGACACCCCUGGAGACUCAAAAUCUCCAAAUGAAGAAUACUUGUCACCUCCUAAAGAUAAUCGGAAGGAGAAAAGUGCUGAUGUUGGAGAUGCUGAGAAUAAUGCUUUGAGGGGACUACCAAAUGAUACUUUUGCAAAGCCUGUUGUUAUUGCAAACAUUGAACCAGAGCCAAAGGUGGUGCAGCAAGACAUUGUGGAUAUGUACAUGAAGAGCAUGCAGCAAUUUACCGAGUCUCUGGCCAAGAUGAAGCUUCCAGGAGAAUUUGAAAACCAGCCAACCAGCUCUGGCGAUUCGAGUUUGGAUCAGAAAACACCAUCUAAUAACUCUGGCUCUAGAGUGUUUUACGGGAGUAGAGCUUUCUUCUGA